GGACAUUUAAAUAAUACCCUGGAUGCAUUGUGUUUGAGGCAUUUAAACUUAUUUCUAUUUUGAUGAACGUCUGCAAAAGUUAUCUCUAAUGCGGGUGCUGGCGGGAAAACUUUGGAAAUAUAGUGUAUAGAUCUACAUAUUGGGAUCUACUACAAACAGGUUUUAACAUUUUAAUAAAAUAGUUUCCGAGAUUUUCUACAAAAUAAAUUUUAUGCUCAGAGGUUUUUGCUUGGACGAACUGAUAUUCUGAGAGGACUUCUCUUCCAUUUUAAAGUUGGAGCCGCGCACCAUGCAUCAUCUAUUAAAAGCCAAACAGGGUACGUGAUUGCCAGUAGAACAAGCCGGAUCGACAGACAAGAAAGGACAAUUAUAACGAUUAAACUGAUAAUAUUAUUUCCUUGACUUGGAUAUUAACAACGAGAACCAGAAAACAUCCAAACGGAUCGGAUAACUUCGACGGGGAUCAUAACGUCAUCGAUCUUGAAUGAGUGACUUCGACUUGGACUUCGAGCACGACAAUGGCUGCUCCGGUCGAUGUGCUAGAUCAGGCAACGAUUGAUGAGAUGACACAGGCUGCAGCAAAUGGAAAUCAUGGUAGAAUCGAAGAAAUACUUGCUCAAGUUCAAAAUCCAAGGGAUGCCGUCAAUAAGGUCAACAAGUAUGGCCGUACAGCCAUCCAGGUCAUGAACUCCAUGAGCGAGAGCACUGCCCGUACGCUCAUCAACCACGGCGCCGAUGUCAACAUCCCCGACCCCGACGUCCAAAGGACGCCCCUUCACGACGUCGCUGAAACAGGAUCUAUCGAAGUGCUCGAUCUCCUCCUGCAGAAUGGGGCCGACGUCAUUGCUAGGGACAGAUGGGGCAACACACCCGCGCACCUUGCAGCCAGUAAAGGCAGAGAUAUAAAGGUUUUGGAAAGGCUGUCACAAUUCUGUACACUAAGGGAGGUUAACACAGAAAGGAGGACCCCUCUGGAUCUUGCCAGAGAAAAGGGACACCAACAGGUCGUCGAAUGGAUUCAAAAUCACCGUACGUAGUUAAUAAGAUACUCGAUUGUAUUCACUGCAAUUUCUGGUAAGGAGGUUGAUCAGAAUACGUGUCCGGGUUAUAGGAAGCUCAGUUGGGAAUCUUCCACCUCCUCUCAUUGAAUACCUACACGGGAGAUGACAAGUGGAAAUGUGUUCAUGUAUCUUCUCCUGGAGUGGAGGUUGCUUGCAAGACUUUGUCACGGAUCAAUCUUCUCUGCUAUAUUUGUGCUUCUUGCUUCUUUUCCAAUAAUAUUUCUAUUAAAUUGUAAUAUGAAAUCUUUUGACUUUCCAAACAUAAAAUUUGAUGAAUUAAACAUGAAUAGAAAAAUCAUAAGAGAGAAAUUAAUAUCUCAUAAUUCCGAACUUUUUAUUUUUUAUUUUUUUUACCAUGGGGCCAAAUUAUGGUACUAUGAACCGACCUUAUAACUCUUAACCUACGUCAGUGGCGGAUCCAGGGUGGGGGCACAUCCGGCCCAUGCAAUCCCCCAACCCCCCCUCAUUUGAGGGCUACAAAAAUAUUUGUUAGGGGAGUAUGUAUAUGUAGUGCAUACGCAAGUGAGGACUUUUUGUUUUGUUUUAUGUAUUUGUUUUGCUUGUCAAAUUUUUCUUGACAUAUAUCACCAUUAAUAGAGAGUGACGACUUUUUUUUUUUUUUUUUUUUUUUUUGGGGGGGGGGGCUUGUUAAUUUUUUUCUGUACAAAAAUGCCCCACCCCCUUGGGAAAAUCCUGGAUCCGCACCUGACCUACGUCAUCCUUUUCUCGCUGCUUUGUCUUUCAUUUCAGAAAUGUAUUCUGCGCAAUUUCAACUGUUUUCAGUUCUUCGAGACUAGAAUUAUUAUAUUAUAUUAUUUUUUCCUCUCACACGUUUGAUGUUUCAUAAUGUUAUAAAAUGAUGUCUUGGGAUCGCAGAUCAUGUUGUUACAAAUUUACCUCCCCCCCCCCCCCGAAAUGUAUGAGUAACGUAAAUAGCUGUGUUAGACAUAUAUUUAUUUUAUAAAAUGAAAUACACUGAAGUGGGCUUGUAUUGCAGUUAUGAAAUUGUAUUUUUUCAGAUUCUAUAUUAACGUUUAUACUGGCAAUGACAGAGAGCAUUUAUAUAUAUUUGAAAGACUAACGAUUCUUUUCAAAAUGAAUUGAUAAUAAUGAUAAUACUUAUUAAACAUUCAUAUACUCAGGCUGCAGAGUGCACAAGGAGGUAAAUGGCUAUUUUAAAUGAUGAGCUUAGAACAAAAGAAAAACAACUCUGUUUUUUUUUUACAUAUAGGGGUAAAUUUGUAGUUAUGUUAAUUAGAUCAUUGAAGAAAACAACUCGGAUUCUGUGUAGAUCUAAACGCUGUGCAAUUAUCGUUUUUUUUUUAUAGAUGAAAUAUUCAAAUUUAAUGUUAACGAUCAUGAAUGUAGAUUGCGUUGAUGAUAAGUAAGUUCAAACUUGUCAAUGUAUAAUAGAGUCUCUUUCUUGUACAGGCAACAGAGUAUUUAUUCAAGAUAAUUUUUUAGAGAUGUACGUGUAUUUGAAAUGAAUAUGAUGCAUUUGAUGCUUUAUCUAGAAAAUUUUGUACGCCUUGUGUGCAUAUGAAUAUAGGAGAAUCCGGUUGUGUGGCCAGACUUUGAACAAUGUGUGGUAAUCUGACUUCUUUUAAAUUUUGAACUAGCGUCAUCUUGUGACGAAAAAAGCUCAGUGAGUAUCUAAUCCCGAUUAAGAUGAUUCGGCAAACUUGUGAUUCUUUCCAAUAAACCUGUUUAUGAUAAGUUCGUGAAUUUCAUAUUUAGUUUUUAAAAAAAUCACUGCCAAAGUGAUCAGUGUGUUUUUAUGAAAUUUUCGUUUAAUAGGAAAAUUAUCCCGUUUUUCUAGUUUUUCUAAUAUUGUCCAGAAAGCUACAUUUUUCAUAUAUUCUUCCAAACGACAAUGAAAUAAGUCAAAUUGUUCAAGAGCAGAUAGGAUUAUUAUUAAAGCUUUAAUAUGUCACAUAGUUUACGAAAAUGUUAAGGAAAUUUUAAGGAAAUUUCUUUUCACUUGUAUCCGGCAGGGGAAAUACUACAUGUAAAUAGCUCACACCCAAUAAAAUAUAUUUAUUUCCAUUGAAAAUGGCGCGUACAAAUUUACUUCAAGGCAUGACACUUAAAAUACUUUUAAAAUGAAAGAUAUCUAUCUCUGACUUUCUUUUCUUGGUGGCGUCAGGCGUAGUGCACAAGUCAUGUUGCGUAGGGAUUGGAAACUUUUGACUCCACCAUUUAAUCUCCUAUAUAAACCUCAUAAAAACACUAAGCCUGAAUUGUGUUUUUGGUGAGUUUGACACUAAACAUGGUAAACCAAAAAUAACUAGCUUCUUUGCAUGCUCAAAAUUGGUGGCGGCCCUUUAAAAAACAUAUAUUUAAGGGGGGGGGGUGCGAAUAAUUGACUUUGCGCGUGGAAUGUCCAAUAGAUGUAUAUGACAUUGCGUGAGAAAAGGGCUGUGUAAGCAAUGGAAGUUGUGUAAAGUUUUACCGGUAAAAUGAAUAUUUUACAGUACUAGUGUUUUUUCUCGUUCUUUCGCAGGUUGAAGUCGUAAGAGCAAUGUAAAGAAGUGCAAUAGAAUGAGGAAAAUAGGCGAAAUCAGUUUAGCGAGACUAAAGACUUGCGAUGAUGAAGAUGUCUUACUUGCCGAAACGCUUGAAUGUGAAAUGUCUUUUUAUCAAUUGCAAUUGUACUUGGUAUUGGAAGAAGAUAUAACUUGUUUGUAAUAGCAUGUACUUAAUAAAUACAUAUAUAUAAUUGAAUAUACUUUUGUUUAUGGGAUUCGAAUCAUAUUUAUGAAAAUAUAGUAUAAUAGUAUCUUAUUGACGAUUUUCUAUUUAUAUGUAAACGGAAUAUGGAUGUUAGAAAAUUUCAGACGCAUGGCUUCAUCGGUGUAUAUUAAAAGUUAUGUAAUUACGUGUACUGAUUUUGUUUAAUAAUCACAUUUAGUGCUAUAAUGAUGUAUACUUCGGAAUAAAGAGGUAUAUUUAUAUGAUAAUUCACCACUCUUGACUGAGUAGUGGUAUCUUCAAAAAUCAAAACUCUCUAUUAGCAUUACUUUGUAAAGAUAUGAAAUCGUUAGCAUGACUUACAAUCUAAUGUGCUAUUUUAUUCUUAUGAAUUUGAAAGUAUUCAUAUUCACAUUCAAAUGUUAAUAUGAUAAUUUAUCCGUCUUCGUAUUUUAUUGGAUCUGCUUGAUUUGUUCUAGGUCUAAUUUUCACUCCUUAUUCAAUUAAGAAUACUGAAAGAAUAACAACAACAGUAAUGAAAAUAGAAGACAUGCUAACCUCUUGAAAUUUGUGAAUUUAUCAGUGAGAAAAAUGAAUAUUCAGAAUGUAAAAAAAUAUUUACUUAGUGUAACAGUAAUGAUAUUAAAAAGCUUUGCGUCGAGAAA